AUGACAAUUGGUGUUUUGUUAGCAAAGGAGGAGAAAAAGUCUAAGCGUGGAAAAAAGAACGAAUCUAGUUCUUUUGAGAAAAGUUCUUCACCUCAUGUUGUUCGAAAGCCUCAAGUGACACAUCAAGGUGUGUUAAUUCGCAAAGUUCCAGUGCCUGUUUCUCCGUAUUCGAAGAAACGCAAGGCUAAAGAUAUAACCAAACACUUGUCUAAAAAGAAGAAGAAGAAGUCACGAAAGCUUGUGAUUACAAAUGAGUCUACUGAAGAAGAUGAACGAAUUCCUGAAACUCCUGAUCUUGAUCUUAUUAAAGAACUUUCAACUCCUGAACAAACAAGUUUUAUUCCACCCGAAGAUUCGAAUGUCAAGUCAUCGAAUGAGGCAACACGAACUUUAGACAUCCCGGUAUACGUAUCUAAUAUGGAUACAAAUGUCAAUAUGGGUGAAGAAGGUUCGAAGGAUGAAAUUCAAGGUAAUCCUAUUUCCACUACUUCUGAAACUUUUGUCUCUCUACCUCCUCAAAUUACUCUUGUUACUUCUACCACUGAUUCACCAACAUUCGAACACAUCAUAAAUCAACCUUUCACUUCCAUAUUUUCUUCAGAAUCAACUGAUCCACCCAAAUCCAUUUCACCUGUUGAUGCAACCAUCGUAAUGGAAACUGAUACGGAUAACGAAGUUUUUGGAGGAACCUUUGAGGCUUUAGCAUUUGAUGAUGAUGAAGCAGAUUUUUCGGAUCAUAUGCUGAUGACUAUGAAGCAAUUCAAAAUCUUGAAUUCAAAGUUAAAUACUAAUAUUCAGUCACAAGAUGAUCUUGGUGGUGGUUCCUCAGUUUCGAGCUUGGAAGUAGAUUCGAUGUUGAAGCUGGUCAAAACAAGAAUUAUUAACAAAUUUUCUGGGAUGGUGAAAGGAGGAGAAAAGAGAAUUGAACGUACGAAGGCUGGUGAAGAAGCGAAGGUUAGUGGUGAAUAUUUGAAUGUGGUGGGAAAAGUGUUUUCUUCAAAGAUCCCAUCUUCGAAGCCUGUUAUAAUGUUUGUUGGUCCAGUCCCUUCGACUGUUGUGACAUCAAUGCCUAUGACCAGACCAGUAUAG